AUGGUGUUUGGUAGCGGCUUUUCUUAUCUUGACACUUUUCUCUCUCUCUCUCUCUCUCUCUCUCUCUCUCUCUCUCUCUCUCUCUCUCUCUCUCUCUCUCUCUCUCUCUCUCUCUUGUCUUUGCUCUCUUUCUCAAACCGACCAAACCAAUUCACUCUCUCUCUCUCACAUGUGGUAGUUGUACUUUUCCUUUGUGUCUUUGCUCCUUUCUCAAACCGACCACACCAAUUCAAUCUCUCUCUCUCUCUCUCUCUCUCUCUCUCUCUCUCUCUCUCUCUCUCUCUCUCUCUCUCUCUCUCUCUCUCUCUCUCUCUCUCUCUCUCUCUCUCUCUCUCUCUCUCUCACACACACACACACACACACAAAAGAGCCUCUCUCUCUCUCUCUCUCGAAAGAGUGUAG